GAGCAGAUGGGUGUGUGGUGAUGUCAGUGGUCAGCUGGCUGCUCAGUGUUUGGGAUUAGAGUUUAGUGCUGCAGUCUGACUGAUCCAGAAGCAGCAGCAGCAGCAGCAGCAGUGUGGUUAUUGUGGGGUUUAGUUAGUUUGUGAAGUUUAUAAUAAUAAUAAUAAUCCUCUAAAGUUUGGCUGUUUUCUCUCAGACUGUGGUGAACUUUAGAUCCUGAUCUGGAGCUGGAGCUCGAGUUCACAGCAGACCUGCCUGCUGACUGAGAAUCAGGGAUUAUACGGUGCUGUGGAGCUCCAGCUGUUCCGGGCCUGAUCUGUAAUGAUCUGAAGCAGUGGAGGUGUUCUCUAUAAACAGCCUGAUUAUAUAUCAGGUUGUAGAUUUGAGAAGAAUGCACAGCGAUGGCUGUAAUUCUGAUGUGAGACGUUAAGCUGUGCUGAAGUUUGGAGGGAAUAUGGCAGACCCCUCUAUGCUGGUGAUGGAGGGGCUGAAUUCCACCCCGGUGACGGAGAUGACAGACAGCUGUCUGCUGGAGAUCAGGACCAAGUUCGAGGUCAUUCCUUCAGUCGCCUGCUGCAUGUGCUUCAUGCUGGGGGUCAUCUACUGCUUCUUUGGGUACCGCUGCUUUAAGAUGGUGAUGUUCCUGUCGGGUCUGGUGUUCGGGACGGGCGUGGGCUACCUGCUGUGCCUCCGGGAGCAGAUACAGGACUCGCCGCUGGAUGCAGAGACGCGGGCGGGCAUCUCUCUGGGCAUCGGUUUACUGGGAGCACUGGUGACUGUUCUGGUGCGCUGCGUGGGUCUGUUUCUCACUGGACUCCAGCUGGGCCUGCUGCUCAGUGUCAUCGCCCUGGUGGCAGCAGGACAGUAUUACCCCGUCUUCAGCCCGGUGUGGGUUCCCGCGGGCUCAGUGCUGGGCACCAGCAUGUUCUUCGCCGUGCUGACGCUGUGCUGGCAGAAGACCAUGACUAUUGUUGCCACGGCUACGCUGGGCGCAGCCAUCGUUGCGACGUGCAUGGAUUACUGCGUGGAGGCGCAGAUGGUGGCGCUGCGGGCGUACGUGGGGCUGAGGGGUGACCAGCAGGGGGUGAUGUGCUGGUAUAGCUGGGCGGUGGUGGGCAUGUGGCCUGCAGCAGCUGCUUUAGGAAUACUGGUGCAACGCAGAUACACAGCCAGAGGACUCUCACACUCAGAGGUGAUUGUUAGUGGUAAACAGAGGCAGGUCCAGCUGAUGAGGAUCAGAGAGAAAGACGCCCGUCGCCGGCCAGACGGAACAUACCGCCGCCGACCCCCACCCCUCAAACGCUACGCUGGAGACGUGCUCGCCCCGAGUUACCUGGCGAGUCUGCGGGAGCGUCAGAUGAGCACCGGGUCGUCUAUGAGCAGCCUGAGCACCGUCCACCACACCAUGAUCGACUUCGACUACGAGACCGGGUCCAUGGUGCCUCUGACCACCUCGUCAUCAGCAGUGCUCAGAGUGUGAACACACACACACUUACCCACACACUUACACACAUUUGCACACACUCAUACACACACACACACACACACGCCUGAGACCCUGGGACCUUUAUUUUUAAGCGCUGUGCACUCCAGGGCAGAAAACAGCCUGCUGCAGUAAACAGACUGGAGCGAUGCUGCAGAGACACUGCGGGGAUGACUGGGAGUACUGGGACACAAGACACGGGUCUACAGAGACUGAGACAAUAGAUCAGCUCUAUAAACAACACUGGAUCUCCUCAGGACUGGAGGCGCUUUGAGCAUUGGUGGCAUAAUAAAGCAUAAAUACACUAAUAUGUACCUUUAAAACUAACUGUACCAUCAAAACUAACCAACACUGUGAGACAAACUGCUUAAAAUAAACUACAUAGCAAUAAAUAAAGACACUUUGUAUUCAGAUUCAAAACUCUUAAAUAAAAUAAAAUGAGAAAACUGUA